AUGCGCUUCACUCUUGCCCUCUUCGCUCUGCUGGCGGCUUUGUUCGCCGUGGCGCAGGCCAACGACUGCAUCAUGACCAAGUGCGCCUACCAGCUUGACGCUUGCGCCCAGGACAUGUCCUGCUCCGCCUCUCUGGAGUGCGCCAUUAGCUGCGACACCUUCGACACCGCCUGCAUCCAGGGCUGCGCCAACGAGGCGUACGUGCUCGACCUCAUCGCUGAGGAUGAGCAUGAGCUGAGGAUCAUGUCCAAGUGCAACAUCAUCAAGAAGGCCGAGUGCGCCGUGGGCGUCGCUGCUGCCAUCAGCUCGUGCGGUGGCCCCGCCAACAUUCCCUGCAUCAUCAGCAGGUUGAAGGCCCUCCACGGCUGCGGCAAGUGCUUCUGCCAGACCCUCAAGUGCAGGGGCCUGUGCAAGGACUUCUGCUAG